AUGACCAUGACUACUAUGCCAGAAAGUCUUAACAGCCCGGUGUCAGGGAAGGCGGUGUUCAUGGAGUUUGGGCCACCGAACCAGCAGAUGCCACCUUCCCCUAUGUCCCAUGGACACUACUCCAUGCACUGCCUGCACUCCCAGCACGACAGCUCGUACAGCGGAGCCUCGUCCUUCUCCAGACCAUUGGGUUACCCAUAUGUGAACUCGGUGAGCAGCCAUUCCUCUAACCCCUACAUCAGUACCGUGCAGCCCUACCCCAACAGCACCAGCCUCAGCCAGACCCGCUUAGAGGAGACAGGGGCAGAUACAGAGAAGAGCACGGUGGUGGAAGGUGGAGAGGUUCGCUUCAAUGGCAAAGGGAAAAAGAUCCGCAAACCCAGGACUAUCUACUCCAGUCUCCAGCUGCAGGCACUGAAUAGGCGCUUCCAGCAGACCCAGUACCUGGCACUACCAGAGAGAGCAGAGCUGGCAGCUUCCCUGGGACUCACCCAGACACAGGUAAAAAUCUGGUUUCAAAACAAGAGAUCCAAAUUCAAGAAGCUGAUGAAGCAGGGAGGUUCAGCACUGGAGAGCAGCGGGUUAUCUAAUGGUCGGUCACUAUCUGCCGGGUCCCCUCCUGUCCCCCCAGUAUGGAACACCCCUACAUCUUCUGGGAAGAACACCUCUGGGACCCCAGCUGCUUACAUACCCAGCUACACUUCUUGGUACCCAUCAGCACACCAAGAAGCCAUGCAGCAGCCCCAGCUCAUGUGAUGGUGACCGCAGCCAGACCUCCCUUGGUGGACCCCAGAAUAAAACUGCAUACAUGACAAGAUACUAUAAUACACAUAGAGGAGAAGCUCUGUGCCUUGACAAGCCUGAUGAUGAUGGUGACUUCAUGUGUGGAGCACAGAUAUGCACCAAUGUGAUGGGGGCUGGUACCCAACUGUUGACACCUGGCAGAGCUGCCUCUACUCAUCCUACCACCAGGCACUUGGCAGCCUGGAGAGAGGAAUACAUGAUAUACUCUGUGGACAUGUGGAAGCAGAGAUGCUUGUAAUGGGGGGAACAGUAACAAGGACCCUCUUGUCUGUCUUUGUCUUGGCUAAUCUGUGCUCAUCUACCCAUCCUCUGUCCUCCAGCAACCAGCACAUCCCCCUGUAGGAUCCUGUCUCCAGAGCCUAAGUUUCUGAUGGAUUGGUAAAAAAAAAAUAGUAUUUAUUUAAAAUAAAUAAUUUUUUUUAGUUGCUACUUUUGUAUACACCUGUAUACAUGUAAUCAUGAAGAGGUUGGCUCACUUUCUGUACAUUUUCUACAAUUCUCAGUGUGUAGGUGACACUGUGUUCUGUGCACAGUCUAGGCCCAGCAAGUUCUGCCCACCAGGACCAUUGGCACAAGGCAGGACAAGGUUCCUUCUCUGACCAGAUCCCAUUAAUGCCAGUUACAAUGUUUCAUUUCCUUGUUUCUAAUUCUCUAAACAAAUUGCAGAUGUUAACCCCUCACACGCUGACUCUCCUAGAGGCGACCACAUACUGCAGAGCAGUAUGUUGCUGGAUUCCAGAGAGGGGGGUUACUAUGUGCAAUGUGAACCUCCCCUCCCCCCGUUCCCUUGUACAUAAUGUUAUUAGUGUUCUGUAAAGUUGUUUGCACAGAUUUUUCUGCCCUCUCUGUUUUUAUUUUUUAUUUUAUUU